GGCAGCAGGACCACGCGGAGCCCUCGUGUCAGCUCACUGCUCACACAGCCGUCUGUCGUUCACACAAACAGCUGACUGAGACGGUAACGCUGUAAUAUUUACAGUCUAUGUGUGAAACCGAGAGGAAUAGUCCUUUAAUUUUUUCUCGUUGUUAUUUGGGUAAUAAUGGUAUGAAGAUAUGGCCAAGCGACCGGGGACAGACGACGGGAUGCUCACUUCUCCGACCAUUCUCCGGGAUUUCUCCGGAGAAGUGAACAUGGACUGCAGCGACGGAGCCGUCGACGUCUCCCUGGAGGAGAUCCUCCAUCUGUACAGCCAGCCGAUAAACGAGGAGCAAGCGUGGGCAGUGUGCUAUCAAUGCUGUCGGACUUUAGCGCAGACACAACGGAGGAAAGGCUCCAAGUCUGCUGCCGGUGCCUCGGCUGCAGUCUACCCGAGGAGGAUCGAGGGACCCGGGGAUGUAAGGAUCUGGAGAGACGGGACUGUUAAACUGCAAUUUGAAGACAACACAGACAAGUACGGAUCGGCCCCCACGUCAUUAGAGGUAAUCGACUCGCUGGGUAUCAUGAUCUAUAAAGCGCUAGACUACGGCCUCAAAGAAAACGAGGAGCGCGAACUCAGCCCUCCGCUGGAGCGCCUGAUCGACAUGAUGACCAACAUCCAGGAAUCGGAGAGUGACUCGUGUCCCGACGAGGGCUACGAGGCCACAGAGGAGGAGGACGAGUGUGAGGAGGAAGGAGAGGAGGAAGAGGAGCUCGUCUGCACUCCCGGCACCUGUUCAGUCACAAGUAUCCGCUGCUAUCGAGACAUCGUCAUGCUAUGUUCUUCACACCUCCCCAGCCCAUCAGACGCCCCCAACCACUACCAGGCUGUGUGUCGUGCUCUCUAUGCAGAGACGAAGGAGCUACACACCUUCCUGGAGAAGAUCAAGAGUGCCAAAGAGAACCUUCGGAAAAUGGAGGGUGGUACUCGGGAGGAACCUGAUCGAGACCUCGAUGAGCUUCAAAACGCAGACUGGGCACGGUUCUGGGUGCAGGUGAUGCGAGAUCUACGUGAUGGAGUGAAGCUGAAGAAGGUUCAGGAGCGCCAGUACAACCCUCUACCCAUUGAAUAUCAGCUCACACCGUAUGAGAUGCUGAUGGACGACAUCCGCUCCAAACGAUACAAACUGAGAAAAGUAAUGGUGAAUGGAGACAUCCCGCCAAGGUUAAAGAAGAGCGCACAUGACAUCAUACUAGAAUUCAUCAGGUCACGACCACCCCUCAACCCUGUCGCUGCCCGCAAAUUGAAACCCCACCCGGCACGUCCCCCAAGCCUCCACGAGCGACUGCUGGAGGGCAUUAAAGCUGAGAGGAAGCUCCGGCCCGUCUCACCGGACAUGAUCCGCAGGACGCGCUUAGUCAUGCGACCUCUUAGCAUGUCUUACAGUUUUGACUCAUCAGGUGCAGGGAAAAGCAUCAGCACUCCUCAGGACUUGUUCCGCACGCCAGACACUCCCGACGCACCCAGGAAGUUGGCCAUCAGCACUCAGUCUCUGGCUAGCGGCACCACGGGACCCAGUCAAGGCGGAGUGCAGCCGCUGAGUCAGAGGAAGAGGCUGCUCAGAGCGCCCACACUGGCCGAGCUGGACAGCUCAGAGUCUGAUGAUGAACCCACACGGAGCAGCUCUAGUAUGUCCACGUCUUUACUAGACGACACAUCACCCGACUCUGUCGUAGGAAAGAAGGUUCCUCCAAAGUUCCUCCCCAUCUCUGCCACCCCACAACCAGACAAGCGACAGUCUCCUCAGAGGCGGCACUCCAUCGAGAAGGAGGCCCCGACUAGUGUCCGGCCGUUUGUGCCUCCAUCCAGACAGAGCUCCAAGUCUCUGCGGAAAUCGGAUCCCAAAGCCGAGGUGGAAGCUUCCAGCAGUGCUCAGGGCUCGGAGGAGUUCUGUUAUCCGGUGGAGUGUCUGGCUCUGACGGUGGAGGAGGUGAUGCACAUCAGACAGGUUCUGGUAAAGGCCGAGCUGGAGAAGUUUCAGCAGUACAAAGAAGUCUAUACAGCCCUCAAGAAAGGAAAGCUUUGCUUUUCAUGUCGGACCAAGAAGUUCUCUCUCUUCACCUGGUCCUACACCUGCCAGUUCUGCAAAAGACCUGUGUGUUCCCAGUGCUCUAAAAAGAUGCGGCUGCCAUCUAAGCCCUACUCCACCAUGCCCAUCUAUUCUUUGGGUCCAAGUGCUGUGGCUAAAGGAGAAGGAAGUGGAGCAUCUGCCCCUCCUGAUCCAGAAAAGAAUCCAUUUGGGUCUGGACACAGCCGACACAGUCUACGCAGAAGUGUUUAUAAGUUUUCUAAGCACAGCAGUGGUAGCAGCAAAGAUGGCCACUCACAAGACGAGCCUGACCUGCCCAAGGAGCUUACAGAGGACUGGGUCACCAUGGAGAUCUGCAUAGACUGCAAAAAGUUCAUCACAGAAAUCAUCUCCUCCAGCAAGCGCAGCCUGUGCGUUGCCACCAAGCGUGCCCGUCUCAAUCGAAAUAAAAAAACCCAAUCCUUCUACAUGUCAUCGUCUAACUCUGUCAACUUUAGACCGUCUGAACGCGCCAUCAGUGAAGUUUAGUAACUAGCCCCUCCUUGUGCGCUUUUGUUCACACCUAGAGCUAAGACGUCCAAUGGCAGAAAUAUCCACCUCUUAGUCUAGUUUUUACACGGAUUGGUUCAGUGCGAUGAUGAAGUCAGUCCACCCCACCCCAGAGUUAGCAAAGGUUGUGAUACCUAUAGCAGUCUCAGGAAAAGUUGGCACACUUCGAUAGGUCAUGACUAGUCAGGAAAGUAGCUGCCAGAUAACAAAGGGGAGCCAUGUUUGUAUCGGUCUGAAAAUUCAGGACACCUCGGGUUAAACGGAUAACUAGAGCUGCAGAUGUGGCUAAAGACCAUACUCACAAGGCGGCCAUUUUCCUCCAACAUUUAGCACAGGGGUGGGAAGCCUAAAUGCUUUUUGUCAGUCCUAUAAAUGUGUGUUUUUUUAGCAGUGGUUUUUAAUGAACUACUUCCAGAUUGAUCAGCUUCUGGAUGACAAUAAGCAUUGAAAAUUAGGAGGGAAAGCUGGUCACAUUUAAGAUUAAACAACAUAAAGGAUAAUCUGUUAGCAACAGUUGUUCAACAGCUAAAGUUAGCAUCUGGCCAUCUGCUGGAUAGCUUAACUGAAAGCUAAUUUUACUGAUUGUUCAUUUUUACACAUUAUUUUAGGAAAGCCUUACAUUCAUAGCUAAUAUUAUGUUAGCCUGGAACAAACAGCUAGCAAGCUAACAUAAUCUGCGCUCAUUUAUUGUAUUCUAGAUAGAAAGGGCUUUAAUGCUAGUGAAGUAGCUGGGUUAUAACAUUUUUAGGUUUUUAUUUGUAAUAGAGCCAGAUUUCCUAUCUUACUUUGGCGUUCGAUUGUCUGUUGGGUUGCUUCUUUGAUCAGGACAUGAUAAAAAUGAUAAAGUCAGGUUACUAACAUUUAUACAAGUUACAAACUGAAAUACAGAACAUUCACAUUAUGGCAGCAUUUGCGCUUCCCAGGAAAAUGGUCGUUGUGAGAAUAUGGCAAAUUGCUAAAAAAAAAUGCGUUUCACAAAAGAGCUAAAUAAAACAGACUGGAAAGCCAAAUGCUGAAGUGGUACAAAGGCCCAUCCCUAAUCUAGUUUUGUCUAGUUCCUGUUUACUUCUAGCACUCAGGAUGAACAACAGAUUGUCACUUGACAGAAAAUGCACUGUAGAUCCUGCUGUCAGGUCUGUUGGGGGUAAAUCUCCGCCACUCUCCGGCCCCUCUCAUCUUCUUCCAGCAACAAUUAUGCCAAAUGUUACAUCAUUAAUUUUUAUAGCAAAUGUGUAAAUGCAUACAUACUGUUCUCCUAUGCUGUAGGGACGACAUGUUAAGGAGUACGAUCAUUUUAUGUGGGUGGGUUAUUACUUUUAAUGUAAAUUCAAUUCUGUGCCUGGUGCCAAAAUGUUUUUGUUUUUUCCUUUUGAAUGCCUUUUGUAGUUGCGGACCUACUGUACAUGUGUGUCAAGAAUUCAGUGGGAGACAUUUUUUAAGUUAAUCCAAGGUGUCUUUUCUCUCAUGUUUCAAGCUGGGUGGUGGAAGCACAGAAAAAAGGGUGUGUACAUGCUGUAAAUCUUCAUUGUUCAAAAUUUAAUAUAAGAAAACUUUACUAAGUAGAAGUAUGAUUUAACCAUGUUUUAAGAUUUCUGCCUCUGAAGUUUCUUCAUCUGAAACAUUCAUUUUUAGUGUAAUUAUGUUUGUGUCAUCAAAUUAAGAUAUUAUUUCUAUUGUAUAGUUUAUACAUUCUUCAGUGUUAAGAUACUCCUCUAAAAUCGCACUUUUAUUUGACCAAUUUAUUGUUUAUGUUGGGUCUAUUGUCUUAAUUAAUAACAGUUAUUAUAACAACCAUUGUUUUUCACCUCUCGGGUGUCCAUUGUGCCAUUUCCCAGGGUUCCUUGUGAAUGAAAGUUUGUGUGAUUGGUUGUGUGCAAGAAAGAAAUAGUUGUUAAAACAAACUGAAACACUCCAGUUAAUUGAAUGAAGGCUUUUGAAUUGUAAAACUGUCAUUGGAAUAUGCUUUAUGAACUCUUGUUCCUAUAGUGCGUUUUGUGGCAGUUGUGACCAAAUUAACAAGUUAAUGUUAAAAACAAGGCCUUGUUCUAGAGAAAACAUCCAUGUGACCAGUUUUAUUUUAGACCCCUGUAUGGAACGUAUGCAUGCUGUACUGUGGUCCCUUUGUUUUUAUCAAAGAAAUUCUAAUAAAAUCAUAAAUAAAUGAUUCUUAUCA